GGAACGGGCCAGUGCAGAGGCAGAGUUUUUCUUUAGCCGUGAGGAGUUUUCUUGAAGCUUGCCUUCGAGCCAUCGGCUUUCCUGCCCGCAAUCGCGGGUCUCAUCUUAUCAGAUCAGAUUUUAAUCCCAGCCCGAACGUUUUCUCCAGCACGCCAAGUUCUUCAAUUCUCCACCAGCACCACCUCCCCUACGAACGAAGCUAUGUCUGUCGAAGCCGUCACGGCGCCUGUUGAGGCUCCUGUCACCAGGCCUGCGGUUCAAGGAAUCCGCAUAAAUGGCAAGCAAUGGCACGAAAAGAGGGCACCCCUCCGUAAGAAUGCCGGUUUGACCUCGUACCAAAAGCGCGCCGAAGACACCAAAAUUCUGGCCGCAAUCAAGGCGAAGGAGAAGGAAAUGAAGGAUGAGAAGGAAGCCGAGCGACUAAGACGCGCGGAGAUUAUCAAAACCAGGAGAGCAGCUAAGGCAGAGAAGGAACGAUACGCGCAGAUGGAGGAGAAGAUGCACAAGAAGAGAGUCGAGAGGCUAAAGAGGCGGGAGAAGCGGAAUAAGAUGCUGAAGUCUUGAUGAACUAUACCCCCCAGAGAUUGCGUGUGGACUUCUUUUAUUCUCGAGGGGCAUUUGCUUACGGAUGCAUGAGCUAUGAAACAUGGGCUGUCCAUAUUGGGAUGAUGGCGAUACAAGGAGCAAUCAACGGAAAUCUUUCCGGCAGAAUUGCUGUAUCCAACCGGGUCUGAUCUGACGGAUCUACAUGCAGUAUAGUUGCUCAUACUGUCUACAGACUCGGGAAGAGUUCUAGCAUGGGGAUGAAGAGUUGCAUAUGAGUCUUCACGGUGCCAGGAAGUUGCAUAUGGACCAAGAGCUCUAAGCUAGAGGGG